AUGUGAUAGAAACAUCAUUUUACAAAUAUUAUGACGUAUCAAUUUGACAAUGUUAUCAAAUAAUCUUUUGGAUUUUGAGAUCUCAUUAUUUGUAUCAAUAUUAUUUCAUACUGUAUUCUGUGAUAACUACAGAUUGCCUGAGACUAUUAUACCCAAACACUACAAGUUGGAAAUUUCAGCAAGCGUGGAUGAUGAGCUUUCUUUCAAAGGAUCUCUCGAAAUCGUAACUCAGUGUCUUAAUGCUACAAAGACUAUAUCACUGCAUAGAGAUUGGGAUCUCAAAUUCGAGAAGAUUGAAGUGAAAAAGAUAGAUACUGUACAAAGCUAUGAAAUAGGAGAUGGUGUUACAUUAAAGGAGAUCUUAUACAGUAAAACGGAAGAAUUCAUUAUGAUAUCAACGAUAGAGGAACUUGAGGAGAAUCAGCAUUAUGUCAUUUAUUUUGAAUUUGAAGGUCCAUUUUUCUCCUGAGAUGUUGAAAAAAGAUGGAACACAAGUUGAAAAUUAAUUUAGUCUCUUAAGAUGAAUUGAAACGUGAAGGACCUGCUUUUGAAAGGAUCCCAAGAAAGCGAUUGCCUCAAUUUCACUGGAAGACUUAUACCCUAGUAUAUCUGGUUACUCAUGCGGCUUGCUUCUCCACUGAGAAUCUACUGAAAAAUCAAUGCAACUUCUCAAGAGAAUAUACCUAUGUAAUUUUUGAGUAAAAGGAGUAGAAAGGGGAAAGUUGAGCUACAUAAAGAGUACUUCCUAAACCUAAAAGAAUGACAAG